AUUUCAUCGUUACUAAAUUUACGUUUAUUUUGUAAAUCGUCAGUUAUGUCUUCUGGUAGUCGUACAAUUCUUUUGGCUGUGGAUGACAGUGAAACAAGUUUGAAUGCGUUUAACUGGUAUGUGAAAAACUUUCACAGAAAUGAUGAUACGCUUUUAUUAGUGCAUGUUCAUAGAAUGCCUGAACUUCCCACAAUGGGAUUGAUGAUUGGGGUUGUUCCAAUGACCCAGACUUAUGAAGCUAUUAUCAGAACAAGUAUUGAAACAAGUAACCAAUUGCUUGCAAGCUAUGAGCAACGUUGCAAUGAUUGCCAAGUUGCUUCAAAAACAAUUCUUGCUGAUAAUCAUGAUUCACCAGGACAUGUAAUUUGUAAUUUGGCUAAAAGUAACAAUGCCGAUAUUAUAAUAACUGGACAGAGAGGACUUGGUGCGCUUAGUCGUGUGUUCCUUGGUAGCACAAGUGAUUAUAUUCUGCAUCAUGCUCACAUCCCAAUAAUUGUUGUGCCUCCAAAAAUAAAUGAUCAUUAAAUACUUUGUUAUUAUUAUAAUGGUAUCAAAUAUUUAGUUUGAAUAAAACGUUCAAAA